AUGGCUCCAAAGCAAGAGGCUUUCCAUCUUCACCCUCUUGGGUGGGAGAAUGACCCUGAACAGGAGACAUUCGGUAUGUCGACGUUGGACUACCUUACAGCCAUGUCCUAUAACAAUUAUGCACUCUUCUUCAAGAUGGAAGAUGCAAUGAAGUCUCGGGCAGUAGAAAUUAUGAAAGAAGGACUUUCACGCACCAUCAGCCAAGCGAGGCAUUUGUGCUGCACCAUUGAGAAGAACACCAGCGGCAGCGGCUACAUGUACCUGAAGAAGAAGGACAGCACGGUCCGUCUCUUUGUACAGUGGCUCGAUUCACCUGAGGACGCAGACAAGUACCCGUCCUUCGAAGACAUCGAAAAGGCACACUUCAGUGCAGUGCCGCUGGGUGACCUCAAACUCUGGAGCGUUGACCCAAUGACCUAUGGAGAGAAGCCAGAGGCCCACCCUGGCGCUUCUCCUGUUGUGUCUGCCUUCAAGAUGAAUUUUGUGCGCGGAGGCAUGGUUCUCAAUAUGCAUCACCAUCACUACUCCAACGAUGUCAUGGGCUGGGCUGGCUACACUAGGCAGUUGGCAGAGAACUGCUUUGCCGCGUUCAAUAAGACAGCUUAUCCCACCUGGGCCCCUAAGAACAUGGAUCUCUCCCUUCUCUCUAAGGCAGAGCCCCCUGAGGACCAGAAGAUUGAAGGGCCUCCUGCGCCCAAACGCCACCCGGGCCAUGUCCAGGGAAUUGCCUUACUCUUCCACCUACCCAAGAGCAAGGCAGCUGAGUUGAAGAAGAUGGCUACGCCAACAGAUGGGACAUGGAUCUCUACCUACGACGCCUUCACGGCUUUUAUCUGGCGCUCCAUCACCCGCGUCAGGGCCCCAGUAUUCAAUCCAGACCCUUCCUCAAAAUCCAUCCUCAUCGAAGCAGUCGAUAUGCGAAGGCGGUUCAACAACCCCAAAGUCCCCCCGCGUAUUCGGGGCAAUGUCAUGUUUGCCGCUCUCUCCACAACCGCCCCUGUCGAGCAGCCAACUGUAGCCGAAGUCAUUUCGGAAUGGCCUCUUUCCAAGGUUGCCCAGUACAUACGGGGUAUGACCAACAGCAUCACCCAGGAGAGCCUGGACAAGACACUAGAGAUGGUGGCAACAAUCCGCGACAAGACGGCCCUCAAUGUCCGCAUCGACUCCCUGCCCCCCAUGUCUGUUCUUUUCACCGACCACCGAGAUGCCACCAUGGCAUCAACAGACUUUGGCUUCGCUAAGUCGAUCACUUAUCGCCACCUUACGGAUCGCAUUACGGAGGGAGUUAUUAUUGUCUACCCAUCUCGUAGCAAUGACCCAGAGUCGGAUGAGGGCCUGGAGUUUUCCUUCUUUUAUGAGAAGCGGCUGGCACAAACUUUGAUCGAAGACGCAGAGUUCGGAAAGUACUUUGAGUAUAGAGGCAUUGAUGCGGAGGACGCCACUGCCGCAGCAGUCCUCAAUUAG